AUGGCAUGGUAUUCGAUUCUUCCGUCACAUUUGACAACAUACGAAACGUGGAUUAUUCGAGCCUUUCUCGUCCUCGCGAUCAUCAACAUCGCACCCUGGAUCAUAGCGAUCCUCUAUGACCUCCUAUACUACGUCGGCCGAAUAGUCUGGCACGAAGUGCCCAUUUGGGGCGGACGAGCCAGAGGAGAAAGGAGACCGCGGGCUCCCAGCUUGCGAGACAGGAAUCGAAGUCUGAGUUUGGCCGGUAUGGUUACUGGCACUGGAUCGCCGGCUGAUGCUCCCCGCCAGAGCAGGGACGAGCGAGACGCCAGGUCACAGAUGCGUGCCGCCAAUGCCGGGACCUCAGGCCCCCGUCACAGGCAAACGCUGAGCAGUCGCAGCAUUGAGGAGGAAAAAGAGGAGGACGAUACAUGA